GCAAAAUCUCCCAAUGGAGCCGAAAACUGUCCCAAAUCCCUAGAACGGUAGGGCUGCCGACCACAGAGAGAGAGAGAGAGAGAGAACGAAUGACUGUCCGACCAGUCCUGCCGCCGACACUGCAUCAUCUCUGCCGUUCCCGCCCUCGCCGUUGGUGCUUCUCCCUACCAUUUUCUUGCUCCUUGCCAUCAAAUCUUUGGGGGUCCCCCUGUGGUUGAAAUCAAUGCAAAGUUGAAACCUUUGCAAAAAUGUCAUCAGCGUUCUUCAAAACUGUCAAGCAGGUCUUCCCCACAAGCCACGCUUCAAAAUCAAGCCAAGAAAUUGCCAAUUUGAUCUCUAAAUUCCUAGUCAACUCAGCCUCGAAAACCCUCCCUAUCCCCCCCUCUCUCCUUUCCAAUCUUAAUUCUCACACAACCCACCUUGUGCUCGCAAACCCUCAAGUGCCGGCUAAAUCCUGUGUACGCUUCUUCAAGUUCCUCCAAAACAAACCAUCUCUGACUUCCAAUGAACCAAAUCUUCAGGCUCAUGUGACUUUGGUUUGGCGCUUACUAAAAGCCCGGAACUUCAUUGAAGCCAAGAAUGUACUAAACAAUGUCGCCCUUGAUGACGAUCUCAGACGCCCAGUUUCAGAGAUUGCCUCCUUACUGGCACAAGAUUGCCAAGCACCCAAAAUUGUUUCGAAGCUAUUUGAUAUGCUUUUUAGGGUUUAUGCUGAUAAUCAAAGGUUUAAAGAGGGUCUAGACGUGUUUGAGUACAUGAAAAAUCAUGGGUUUGAGUUGGACGAGAGGUCUUGUAUGGUUUAUUUGGUUGCACUGAAGAGACACGAUCAAGUGGAGCCAUUGCUUGAUUUCUUUCAGAGGAUGCUUGAAUCUGGUGUAAUAAUUACUGUGUAUUCAAUGGCCAUUGUGGUUGAUUGCUUGAGUAAGGUUGGAAGGGUUGAGAAGGCCAGGAAACUGGUGAAAGAAAUGGUUGGCCAAGGGAUUAAACCCAAUGCAUAUACUUAUAACACAUUAUUGGCCGCUUAUAUGGGAAGUUUGGAUUUUGGGAAAGUUAAGGAGGUGUUGAAUGAGAUGGAGAAGGAAGGAGUGGCCUACAAUGCGAUAACCUAUACUGUUUUGAUUCAUGGGUGGUCAGGCUCGGGCAAGAUGGAAGAGGCAGAGAAGCUGUUCAAUGAAAUGCUUGAGAGGGGUAUAGAGCCUGAUGUUCAUGUUUACACAUCUUUGAUAAGUUGGCACAGUAAGGCGGGAAAUAUGAAAAGGGCUUUUUUAUUAUUUGAUGAAUUGACUGAGAGAGGGCUUAUUCCUAAUGUUCACACUUAUGGAGCUCUGAUUAAUGGUCUGUGCAAGGCUGGACAGAUGGAGGCCGUGGGAGUUUUAUUACAAGAGAUGCAGCGCAAGGGAAUUGAUGUGAACCAAGUGAUAUUUAACACAUUAAUGGACGGGUACUGUAGGACAGGGAUGAUAGACCAAGCGUUCAAGCUGCAGGUGUUAAUGGAGAAAAAGGGACUAAAGGCUGAUGUGGUUACUUAUAACAUAAUAGCUUCGGAACUUUGUAACUUGAGCCGACAUGAGGAAGCGAAGAUGUUAUUGUGUACGAUGGUAGACAAGGGAGUGGCUCCAAACACAAUGAGUUUCACUACAUUGAUUGAUAUAUACUGCAAGGAGGGAAAUUUUGUUGAAGCUAAGAGGCUGUUGAGGGAGAUGAAGAAUAAGGGUGCCGAACCUAAUAUAGUCACAUAUAACGCUCUAAUAGAUGGGUAUAGUAAGAAGGGGAAGAUGAAAGAAGCUCAUAAGCUAAGAGAUGAAAUGGAAGAGAAGGGCUUUAAGCCAGAUAUUUAUACAUACACAUCCCUUGUGCAUGGAGAAUGCAUAUAUGGCAAGGUAGAUGAGGCUUUUAAAAUAUUCAAUGAAAUGCCAGCAAAGGGGUUAUCCCCCAAUGUAGUGGCUUACACGGCUAUGAUUUCGGGCUUGUCAAAAGAAGGGAGAUCGGAUGAAGCUUUCAGAUUGUUUGAUGAGAUGAAGGGCACGGGCCUUACUCCCGAUGACACAGUAUACUCCUCACUUGUGGGCAGCCUUCAUGAAGUAAUGCCUUAGCUUCAAGCAAUUCCAACUGCGAAGUGCACGCCAUUUCUUGCCUCUGCCACAGAGAUAUUUAUCUGUCGAUUUGGUAUGAUAUUGCUGAUUCAUGUCACCUGUACAUCCAGUAUUCAUUAUAUAUGCCAACCUGUGAGCUCUGCUUGAAGUUUCGUGCUUAACGAAUGGGGGGAGGUGUUAUUCUCCCAGGUGCAGUCUACUUAACCAAAAAGGAGCUGAACUUCUAGUGUAGGAGGCUUUGAGUUUACAAGAAGACACCUUAUUCUAGUUUGUCAUGUUGCUUCUUGUUUAUUGACAAGCAUGUGUAGUAACCACAAAUUCAUGUUCUUCCACCUUUGAUAGAAAAGCAAUGACAACAGAGAAUCUUCAUCUGAAGUGGUUCUGUUUUCUUAGUCUUGUAUCAGAUUUUCUCGUCGUUGGGGAAAUUACAACAGCAAUCACGAAGCCUUAAUCCCAUGUGGUGGGGUUGGCUACAUAAAUUUUAAACUUGCAGUUAUCUCUA